UCGCCAGUUCUUGUUGAGUUUCCUGGAGGAUCAAAGGUUAAUGCCACCAUAAACAAAGAGGCAUAUGAUAUAAACAAGCUAUACUCUAAUAUGAUCAGCAUUAUUGCUGAUUUGCCUGACAAUAUCUCCAAGACCAUGUUCUGUGCCCGCUUUUACGAUGACAAUAUCUAUUUCGAGGAAUUGUUUGCCUUUGAAGAAAGCUAUUUUAGAAAAAUCCGUAUGUCGUUCUGCUGCUCAACAACACCAAGACUACUUGUCAACUUUACUAGCCAGAUACCUCAAAUAUUGCGUUGGAAAGAAGCCGUUAUAAACCAGAAAUUGCAGUUUCAAGACUAA